AUGUACACUAUCACCCUGUUCUUGGCGCUGGCCUUCUUUCUGGUCGCCGCUGAAGCACAUUCGCUGCGAGUGAUGACGUUUAACAUCUGGAAUUCUGGGUCGCAUGUGGAGAACGGAAUUCGCAAAAUUGCAAAGCAUAUUUCGCUUGUUGAUCCCGAUAUUGUCGGGUUGCAGGAAGUACAACGGCCAGACGUUUUACCGGAAUUACUGCAAUUUCUGGGACCACCAUGGACUGGAGUGGCUGGUGACGAGUUCUAUCCGGAUAUUGCUAUUCUUACAAAGCACGAUAUGAUCAUGCAGUCGUACACGAAGACCAAUCGCUCAAUCAGUAUAAAAAUCCAACUGCAAUCCGGCUAUGUGGUCAGUUUUUGGAGCGUUCAUCUCGACUACAAGUCUUUUGGUCCCUAUGCGGCCAACAACAAGCUCGUCACCACUUUAGAUCAAAUUCUCGCUGGCGAGAAACCACUGAAAAGAGCAGGUGAGUCGGAGUUUAGUCGGGAUAUUCCUUGUCGCCAACUGCCCGCCAUUGGGUGCGCUAUGCACCGACAUUGA